CAGAUUAACUUCCACACAGUGUGGUGUUACUGCUUUUACUGAAGGCCUGCGCUCUUGUCCUUUUUCCCCUGCAGUGACUCGUUUGGCCCGCAGGGGGCGACCUCGCCGCUCGCUUUGUUGACACACGUCACGAAAACGCGACGCAGGAACAAGGGGCAUCGUUGUGACUGGAGAAGAGAAAUAUCCCCAAAAUAUGAUCCGCGGACGAGAGCCGGAGCUGCUCUGACUGUCUCCCCCCUCCACCUCCCCCGGAGAGAAACAAAGAUACCUGCCGCCUGCCGACGUCCUUCAGCGGGAGGAGCCGCAGCAGCUGGGAUGAGGAUCCGGCUGCAGGGUCCUGGCCACGCCGCCAGCCUCCUCGCCGAGCUCAACCGCUGCCGCCAGUCACGGCGCUACUGCGACGUGUUCCUGCAGGUCGGGAAUCACACGUUCGCCGCGCACCGAGCGGUGCUGGCCUGCGCCGGGACGUACUUCCGCAACCUGUUCACCCGGGCGCCGUCCUCGUCCACCGCCGCCUUCUCGCUGGAGUUUAUCUCGCCAGCCAACUUUGAGAAGGUGCUUACGUUCGUCUACACGGGGGAGAUCCUGACCGACCUCAUAGAUGUCGGGGUGCUGUACGAGCUGGCUGAGAGGCUGGGCGUCGGUGAACUGGUCAGGGCCUGUCACGCCAUCUUCCCGGACCUGCAAGCUUCUGUGUCGGCAAACUGUAAACCCAGCAGUCCUGGAGACGUCACGCUGGACUCUAGCAUGGCGGCCGCUGCCGCUUCCGUGGUGGCCGUUGUUAAUGCAACUUCUGUAUCCGCGUUGUCCGUGUGUUCAUCGGCCGCCUCCUGCUCGUCUCUGUCUUCGUCUGCUGCCCCGACUCCCGCUGCCGCUCCUUCGCCUCUCUUCCAAGCCAGGGCAGCCCGGGCCGGCCGCGACGCUCACUCCGCGGCUCUGACUCUGGACCUGAAGGCAGAAGACAUCCAGUCUCACGUCGGCUACGGGCAGAUGGCAUCAGAUCAUCAACUACCAGGAGGACAUGUUUUAACGGGCAGCAGCCAGUCAAGUCGCAGUGACAGCUCGCUGCCUCCUGGUGCUGUGCUCCAGCUGAAGAUUGAGCCGGGGCUGGAGGAGGAGGAGGAGGAGGAGGCAGCAGGCAGCUAUGGGGAAGGCAACAUGGUCUCUGAGAGCACAGGUGUCUCUCUGCCCCAGAGCAGCGGCCCUGCUCCUCCCGUCUCCCGCUCCUUCCCCGACUCUUCGGCUCAGCUCGGGGCCGAGGCCUGCGCCCCGACGUCGUCCUCAGGGGAGCCCCUGGACGGCCUGCGGGUCGGGUCGGUGGAGGGCGGCGUGGUCGACCUGCAGAGGCACGGCAGGCUGAUGUUCAGAGAGGUGGAGGAAGGAGACGAGGAGGAGGAGGAGGAGGAGGAGAGCGAGGCUCUGCGAGGGGCCGGAGCCGAGGAGGAGCAGUGGAGGCAGCUGGCAGGCGAGAUCAUCGAGCUGAGCGACAACGAGCACUUCAUGGAGGAGGGAGAUGAAGAGGACGACGACGACGAUGAAGACGACCUCGUGUGCGUGGAGAACGGAGACGGGGGCAACUCGAGCUGCCAGGUAGUGUUUCUGAAAGGCGACGUGCUGUCGUGUAAAGCCUGCGCGGCGCCUCUCCCGGCCGACCCGGCCGCCAUCAGGAGGCACGCCGAGACCCACCUGACGGAGACGGGCCUCUGCAGGCUGUGCGGCGCCUCGUUCCCGGACCGCGCCGUCGGCGUUGCGCACUCGCUCGCCCACGUCGGGUUGCAGCUCUUCACCUGCGACAUGUGCCACCUGCAGUUCUGCAGCCAGAACAAACUGCUGCGUCACCACCACCAGGCGUCCUCCGGCUACACCAUACCGCGGGCGGCGCUCACCAACAGCGGCCAGGGCCUGAGCCCCGAGCUGCAGUGUGCUGCCUGCACCAAACCCCUCAGCAAGGACUUCCAGACGGUCAAAGACCACCUGCUGACCCACGUGUGUCCUCAGAGCCUGAGCUGCGGCGUGUGUCACCUCCCCCAGCUCUCCCUGUGCUCCCUGCUGUGGCACGCCCUCGCCCACCUCUCUCUGCCCGUCUUCACCUGCCCACACUGCGCCCGCUGCUUCGUAGAGCGCCCCCUCCUGGAUAGACACAUGGCCGCGCAUGCUGAGGAGGCGGCGGCCAAGGAGAGGGAGCGCUCGGCGCUGAGGACUUUCAGGGGAGGAGGAGGAGGAGGUGUGGCAGGGGUGGAGGAGUUGCAUUGCUUCCUCUGCUCGCAGACGUUCCGCUCCGCAUCUGCCUUUCAGUACCACCUCAGCCUGCACACCAAGGAGUCCCAGGGGAGCGGUGGAGGCGUUGGGGGCCAAGGCUGGUUUGGCAAACGUAAAGCUGACCAGUCGCUGGACUGUCCUCCGUCUUCCUGCUCCUCGUCUUGCCCACGUGACGUCAGUGGCCUCGUCAAAAGGAGCAACCUGGGCUUGGGUUUCGGCAUGCCCGACAAGUUUUUCCAGGGGCCUGUUCACAGCUUGUCCUCCGGGGCCCUCCCCAACGGGAGCUCGGGGCCGGACGGGGCGGUGGCGGCGGCGGCCCGCGUGAAAUGGUACCGGUGUAGCUACUGCGGCAAAGAAUUCGCCCACUCGGGGGAGUUCACCUACCACCUCCGCAUCCACACCGGGGAGAAGCCCUACCAGUGCAAAGUGUGUCUGCGCUUCUUCAGGGGCCGCUCCACCAUGAUCUGCCACCUGAAGACGCACGCCGGCGCCCUCAUGUACCGCUGCACCGUCUGCGGCCUUUACUUCUCCACGCUGAAGCUGGUGUCGUCGCACAUCGAGCUCCACAAGGACCACCUGCCGCCGGACUUCAACAUUGAGCAGACGUUCAUGUACAACGAUCACUCGAAGGAAGCGCUACCCGCGGUGGACACCUGAUCGGCUCCGGGUCGGCCAGGUGUCCUAGUCCCUUUUACCUCCCCCUCACACUUAACCCUCUGGGUGGUUUUCGUGGACCAUAUGAUAGACUAGGGCUGACUUUCGUAAUCGUUUAGAUGAUAAAAUGUGUGAAAAAUGUCCAAAACUCAAGGGGGGUAUCUUUUAAAUGACUAAUUUUAUCCGACCAACAGUCAAAAACCCCAGAAGUAUUCAGUGUAUGAUGAUAAACAUCAGAGAAAAAGCAGCACAUUCUCUCCACUGAGAAGCUGGAACAAGAGAAUAUUUGGAAUUUCCGCUUAAUAAAUUAGUUAAAUGCUAAUAUUUAUCGUUGAAAUUCUCAUUUAAAUUAAUUUCCUUGUGAUCUAAAUUAAUCAUGUUAAGCUCUAUUACUUUUAGAAAUGUGUUGGACGUGUGAUGUAUCAGAUGCCGGUUACCGAGACGACCCCGUUUAGUGUCUCUGAAGUGAAAAUCAAAAGAAGCCACUAGGUGGCAGUGUUUCCUGUUUCUGUGUCGGUGACAGAAAGAGACGAUACCCGCUCAUAUGAUAUAUCCAAACAGAGUCUGUAUCAGGAUAGGUUUGUUUUUUUAAUGUCAGUGUUCGAUAUUUAAUUACACUGUUAUUCAAGCAGCACCUCGUUGUAGCACAGAAAUUAUUUUCCUAUAUUUGCAGUCACUAUUUUCACACUGAGAUUUUUCUUUGUGCUUUUUAAACCCUUAAAACUUUCACACGUCAGAAUUGUUUCAUAAAAAAAUGCCAUUUCGUCACAUGCUGUCGAGAGCGUGUGUGCGGUGUUUUGUGCAGUAGAAACGAGAGAUAUUUAAGUGCCCAUCAUGUGAUGUUUGUGUCUUACCUCGUAUUUAUGAUGACAGUGCUACUAUUUUUUAUUUUAAUGUUGUUUUUGUAUAUAAUAAAAUAAACGCCUAUGGGGAGACUG